UAAUUACAGAAAUUAAUUUCUUGAUAAAUUUUAUUGGUUCCCUUCGUGUAACUAAUUUCUAAAUAGAUAUGGAACGAAAAAUAUUAAAUGAAGUAGGUAAGUAAUCAUGGAAAUAAUACAAAACCAUUUCACGGUGAAAAUUUCAACAUGAACAUGAACACGAAAUUUUCUUUAUAAGUUGGUGCGCCGGUUUGUCAGUACAGUAUUCAGUUUCAGAAGGGUUUCAAAAUGAAACUGUUUGUCUUUGUUCUGUCUAUAUUAGUCGUGAUGGCUGCAGUAUUUGCACAGCCACAGGGGCGUUUCCGCCGCAAGCUCGACGACGCCGACCACUACCGCCCACGAGGCGGAGUGCUGACAGAUGACGAGGCGCAGGCGGACCCCCCGGAGUGUACUGACGAGUACUGCGAGCCCCCAACACACCCCCCCCGCGCCCCCGCGGCGAGACGCCAAGGCAAUGGCUGCCCGUUUGACUACUGCCCUCCCACCGUGCACCCCCGCUCUAAGAUAUAUAUAAAGCUCAAUGCUCAAGCUGACUUAAACGUUGGGGGUGGUCUACCGUAGAAGAGAAAAGUCAAGCGGAUUCCUUAGCUCAAUUAAUGGCACACAUUUCCAGG